AUGUUUGGAAGAGGCGUAUCACCGAAGCCAACUAUGUAUGAUGUGGUUUCAUACAUCAAUUCUGUGAAAGAUGCAUUCCAUGAUGAACCUGCAAAGUAUGACGAGUUUUUAAAGCUCUUCAUUGAUGUUCGCGUCCUUAGAGUACUUGAUAUUGCUAGUGCCAUUGGAAGGGUGGACGAACUCCUGCAAGAUCACCAGGAUCUGCUGCUUCGUUUAAAUGACUUCCUUUCAGCUGAGGCUCAGAGAAUCCUUCAUCUCAAGAUUGAGAAAGGGGCUGCAUCUGAUGAUAACAAAAGGAAACGUGUAGCGAGUUUUCUUGGCAAGCUUAAGGCAAGGUUUCAGGGAGAUGAUCGCCAUGUAUAUGAGUCAUUUCUCGAGAUACUGAACAUGUACCAAGAAGAAAACAAGUCCAUAGUGAAAAUGUACCAGGAGGUAGGGUUCUUGAUCGUUUCACUUGUUCAGGAUCAUGAAGAUCUAUUCAUGGAGUUUCCAGACAUUUUAAGUUGA